UGGGAAUCGUGCAGACGGUGCAGCGUACAUAUGCUUACAGUAUACGGACAUUAUACAAUACAGGAGAGCACCGCAGUAAGCUCUGGAGGCUUCGAAGUGCCGGUGAGCGUCGGACAUAUUCGCUCUCCUCCAUCAACGAAAACUUUCAUCCAGGUGUGGAAAUCAGCGCGAACGGAACGAAUUGGGAAGUGGACGAGCAUUACGAGGAGAGUCGCGCCGGUUCGCGCGCAUGGUGUGAGAUGAAUAGUCAUCGGUAAUCGGACUGCUGCAUGGAAAACAGGAAAAGAAAAGGAGAUAGACGCGACGAGAUGGCCGCGACCUCGAGUGCGACCUUUCAGAAAAUGCUGAAGGCGUUGCAAGAUAAUGACAAUGCCAGGGGGAAGCGGGAGGCUUUGUUUUACAUUACCAGUCACGCUAGAAAAUUAGAGACCAGUGGUAUUAUUAAAGAAGAAUGGUACAAGGAUUUGUUAAGACUGAUUAUAGAAUCAUUCUUAAAGAGCGAUGGAACCGAUCAACCUGAGGCAUUGACAGCAUUCAAUACCAUUAUGUAUGAGUUUCGUGCACACUCUUUAAAUCUUUUUGAAUCAAUGCUACAAACUAAUUUAAAGAUAAGAUUAAUGAUAUUUGCACAGUUAAAGGGACUAGAUGACAAUGUUAUUUCUGCAGCUGUUAAUGAUGGACAAGCUCUAAAUUUUUUUAAGAGCUGCUUCAUUAAUGUACAGCCUACUUUAAUGGAAUGGUUAACACCAACAGCAUGUGUGGAUAACUUGCAAAUGUUGAUAAAGAUUGAAAAACAGAUUGAAGACUCAAAUGAACCUAAGCCAGAGGAAGAAGUAAAUUAUGGUGCACUUGCUCUUUUGAGAAGAUUGUACAGAAUGGCUUCUAUAACGUUUGAUCAAAGUAUUCAAAAGUUUGACACAUUACUGAUGGAUAAGGUUGUAACGUUGGCCUAUAUGGGACACAAGCACCAGCGUGGUCCUGCUUUGAAACUUUUGCAACAAGCUCUUACAACUAAUUCGUCAGCUCAUAUUCGUAAAGAGUAUCCUGAUGUAUGGGCACAAUAUAAGACUAAUUUACAAUCUGCAUAUUACAAACGCAUGUUGCUAUUAGUAAUGGCAUGUGAACUCGAUUGGACUAUACAAUGGAAUACUACUAUUCAGUUCCUUGGCACAGAUCUACAUCGUGGUGCCAGCCUUAUAAAUAAUUUACUGAGUGUUGAGGAAAAGGCCUUUAAGUCUACUGAUCCUGUUAUACGCAGACAAGCUUUCCUUUCAUGGAGAUUGUUGAUUGACAAUUUUGCUUUAGAUCAUCAAGAACUUGCUACUACCAGAAGAAUAAAAUUACUUUGUAUUCCAUUAAAUGCAAAGAAUAGUAAAACAGAGUUGAUUGCAUUGACAAAACUAGAAGUUUGGUGGCAUUUAAUUGUUAAAUUGUAUAGAGAUAUUGGGAAAUUUGCUAAUCCCGUUAUUACACAAUUUUUAAAUUAUUGCUUUGGACCACUUGGGGAUACACCACUGCUUUCUUCCAAAUUUGAUGUUGUUGCUUCUCCAGGCAAAAGAUUUUUUAAAACAAAAGCGAUUGCUGUGGAUGCUUUGGGUCAAUUACUUGUCGCAAAGGAAGAUCUUGCUACAGUUUGCUCUCCGAUGUUAGAAGAAAGACUUCCACAUGCUAUAUCUUAUGAUGUGUUUCGAGAAUGUUCCAAAAGCAUUAUUCAUAGUAUAGCAGAGGUCCUGCUUAUUCUUGCCCAAAUUACAGAUAAAGAAAUGAAAUAUCGUUUUCAGCUUGGUAAAACAUUAUGGACAAGUUUGAUGAUAUAUAUAGGAACUGUUAAACUUACAACAAAGGACCAUUUGUAUAGAGAUGUGAUAAUAGUUGUAACUGAAUUGGGAAACCAUAUAGAUAAACUCAUGGUGAAGGAUAUAAUAUUUGAUGUAAUUUUGCCAAGUCUUAAUUGCAUUAUCGAGAAAACUGAAUUUCAUGAUAAUGCAUUGCCAGAACUGGUAUUAAAAUUUUUAUCGCCGCCAAUACUCGACGAAGUGGUGUCAUGUAUCUUAUUCAAGAAUUAUGACAGUAAUACAAUCAAGUGCCUUCUGGAGCGAUGUGUUAGUUCAGAAUUUUCAUAUUCUUCAGGUGUGCUUGGGUUUUUGGAAACAAUAAUGGAAAAUUUGAAAUCAAUAAAUAUUGUCUCUAACAAAAAGGGUCUUAAAGAAACAAUUUGCUUAGAAUUAUGGUCUAUAAUAGCAGAAAUUUUGACAAAAUACAUAAGAAGCACUGAAAUCAAUGGUGAAGAUACCUUUAAAAUUAUGAAAUCAGUUUUGUCAUUUCCUAUAUGUCUGGAAGAUAUUUCGCAGGUUCAGAUCAAUAAACCUGUAAUGGUAUGGAAAACUAUGUACAAAGAAGUUGAAUUGCAUUCGGAUUUAAUAACUACAAUGAAACCAAAUGAAAUUUUACUCGAUACUGCAAACAUGAUGCGGAAUUGUUUAAGUAAAAACAUGAAAUGUUGUAUUUUUGUUGUAAACUGUUUAGACAUCUUAUUGAGUACAGUUAAUUACGAGUUCUUGUUGACUCAAGAUGAAAUUCCAUCCAUUUUACAAUUAAUAAUAGACAUCAUAACAGUUUCUGUUGAUGUACACCUUCGUAACACCAUAAUCGCUUUGAAAGCAUUAACAGCUUUACUUAGUACCGUAUAUGGACAUAAUGUGCAAAGAAUAGUGUCAUAUCUGUAUAGUUGUAAAUCAGUGAUGGAACUUAUACUUUCAUCGAAAAUAGUGCUCUUAGUUAAUGAAGUUGUAGUCACAUGGGAAAGCGUUGUUAGUAUUUUCAAAGGACUUAAAAAGUUAGAUCAUGAAUUCUUAUUGUCGUACAAAAACGCAAUUGGAAUAGCCUUGAAUCAUACUAAUUUCAAGAUAAAACAUGCAACACUAUCUAUUUUUGAAAUUAGAGACCACUUGGACAGUGCCGCUAAAUGUGUUUUAGAUGAAAUAAAAACACUAAAUGAAAAACGUUAUAGACUGAUACUACCAAAGACUGAUACGAAGCAAAAGACACAGACAGGAAAAACAAAGGAGAUGCACAUAGCUGGGAGUUUUUUGAAUAGAAAGUCAGUUAUUACAAAAUCAGUAUCCAAUAAAUCACCUGAAAAGAGUGAUAAAAAUACGCCUGUAGUACCUGAACCUGACUCGCAAGAUUAUGUGUACAUACAAACAGAUCUAAAGUUUGAUGUUAAUCGCUUGACUGAGCAUCAAAAAGAAAGUUUGAAGAGGAAAAGGGAUGAUAUACCGGCAUUAUAUAACGAUCUUUCUCAAUCAUCUUCGCAAAAUUCUCAAAACUUGCAACAAUGGUUUGAUAUCAAAGCCAAAGAAAUUAAUGAAAUUGAUAAAGUCAAUAAUAAAAAGACCGACUCUACAAUGCAAAAACCCAAUGAUAAUGAUGCUAACAAGGAAAACAAGGUUACAACUAAAGAAGUAGAACUUCCUAAUACAACAGACGAAAGAGUUGAUAAUAUUUGUAGUAACGAGUUGGACGGAAAUAUUAAAAAAAAUACUGUUGAUGAAAAUACUGAGCAAAACGAAAAUGUAACGAAAAAAUUAAAAACCGACGAAUCUAACGAAAAGCAGAAUACAUUAAAACAAACGAAUUUGUCUUCACACAUAGCAUCUACCAAUGAAAAAAAUACUACAUCAAAAGUAGACGAAGAUGGAGAUGCUACAAUGGCAAUAGUAUCUGUUACAAAAAAGUUGAAUUCUGAAUCUCGGAAUGAGUUUCCCGAAGAUGAUAAAAUGCAUGAACAAUCAUCUCUGACGUCAGACAAUACUAAACGACAAAAUCGUAAUAGUACAACAAAAUCGACUUCGUUAAAAAACGAUGAAACUACUGAAACUCAAAAAGAUGCAAGUAUAACAAAUAUACAAAGAACAAGAGUGAAAACUACUCAAGGGAAACUUGAUACAAAUAGAAAACAGAAGUCAGAUGAUAACAUUGAUAUUAAGGAAAAUGUUAAUGAAAAUAAAAAAGGCAUUAAACGUAAAUUUGUGGCGGAUACUGAAUCAGAUACUGGAAAUGUUCAACGUAGGAAACGAAAAUUAAUUAUAUCUAAAAACGAUUAUGAUGGUGAAUCAUCGAGAAGUAAUGACAUUUUUCCAAACAUAAAAAUGGAUAAUGUGAGUCAACGUGUGAAAAACGAAAUAUCUCGUUUAAAGAUCGAUAUGGUAUUUGACUGUCAUGCAAUAAAUCGCCGUCGAGUCAAACAUUCAAAUGAAGGUAAAACAUUAGGAUUAAGGAAAUAUAGCACACCUGAUAAUAAGAACUUCAAGUUGAAAUCCGUGGAUGCAAAAUCUGCGGACGGAUCAAAGAGAUCUCCAAAAACGCCAGAAAAAAAUACAAAAAAUAUAGAUGAUCAAGUUGUCAAGAGACGAGGUAGACGAAGCAAACAAGAGCUUAAUAAAAAUGAUUUGGCCAUUAAUAAAAAUAUUAAUAUAGAAGUUAACAAAGACAUUAAUAAAGACGUUAAUAAAGACAAGGAUGUUAACAAGUCUAAUGAUAUUGUUAAUAAGGUACCUGAAUUGAAAAAUACUGACACAGGUGUGUCUUGUUAUGUUUCGACAUCCAGUCAAAUUAAUAUUAGUGAAACUAAGAAACAUGAUAUUAGUGAAAAUGAAAAACGUAAAAAUAAUUUAAAAUGUAAUUCAGAUGUGAGUCAUGCGAAACUUAUUGAAUCUAGUGAACAGAGUCAAGAUGAAAUCGAAGAUGUUAUCGAGAGUUCGCAAGCUCCUGACAUUAGCGUAAAAUUAGAUAAAAUAUAUGGCGAAAAACAGUGUUUUAUCAGGAUUGAUAAAAUGACAAAUGUUCACGCUGCUAAAAUUUCUGAUACGAUUGUUGAUAAAAAUUAUGUACCUGAAUCAGUUCCCAUGGAUUGCGGUGACAAUGAUAUAUCUGAUGCAGGUGAAAAAUUAGAGGAAGCUAAUCCUGACAGUAAGAGGGAGACGAAAAACAAAGAAAACAUAAAUAGCAUAGAUGAAGACUUGAUUGAAAAAACUGAUAAUUCUAAUACAAAGAGUUUAAUUUUAGAAGAUCAGAAAACAAUCGACAACUCAUCAUCGAUUAAAUCCACGAGUAUAAUUACCUUUUCUUCGCCAAGAAGCAAUAGCAAAAUAUUUUCUAAGCCGAAACCUUUCACAGGACGUGCUGCUCAUAUGCUGGGUUUAGUUACGAAUCAGGUGCGACUCGAGAGUGAUAAUCCUACUGUAUUAGAGGAUGAAUCGUCCAUAAAGAAAUUAAAAAUGAAAGACACAGAGAAUGAAACAUCAACAAAUAAAAAGAUAUCAGUGAUUAAAGAAAUAGAUAAAAUAGGUGGGCCUUCUGGUAGUCGGCAAGAAAAGAUUUUCAGCAAUAUGAGAUCGACUGAUUACUCCGCAUCUUUAUCAACACACACGUUCACUACUUUGAAAAACGAUGGAGAAAAGCUUUCAUUUAAAUUGAACGCACCAGACUGUUUAUCGACGGAAAAUUUAGGUGAUAAAGAAAAUGAAAGGAAUGUAUCUCUAUUGCGUGAAAAGGAGGAUUUACCAAUACUGGAAUGGUCAAGCGCUAAUCCACCUUCUUUAACCGCAUCGCCGAGUGCUAGUAUUCUUAAACGUAAUCGGUCAAGCCUACCAGAUUCUAAAUCUGGUCAAGAAUCAGAUUCAGAUAUUUCAACUUUUAAGUUACAGCGAAAGCGAGUUAGUUUUGCAGAUCCACCGGUGUCAAAAGAAAUGGGCUACGAGAUCACUACUGUGCAAAAGACGAUUAAAUAUUCCAUGACACGUAGUCCCACGUCGAAAAAGGAUUCCCCGAUUAAGUUCAAGCAAACCAAACAUAAACUUGUACCACUUGAUAUAGAGAAAAUAAAUGAAGAUGAUAUGCAGGAUGAAAACAGCACUGAAAGUGUGGAGGUCGAGAAACAGGAUGAAUCACUGACAAAAAUAUCUGAAAUGUAUUCAGAAGCUAUGGGUAUUGAUGAGCAAAUAUCUGAUAAUUCUCUAGGAAGUAGUAAUAUUAUUGAAACGAGUUCCUGUGCGAAAAUCGAUGUUAUCAAAGAAUUAGAACUAGCGCGGAAAAUUGAGAUUACGGACCCAAUUAUCUCAGAAAAUCAACGAUCUUUAUUGUCUGAAAAUUCUGAUAAUACUUCGCCAAUAGAUGGCGGAACGGAAGAUACUGAAACGCAGCAAGAUAUUUUUGACGUGAUAGGUGCAAAGAUUGAUGUCAUGAUAAAUGAUCAGACGAAUAACGAUCAGACGAGUAACGACAUAAAUACGAUCAUCCAGAAUAAAUCGGUAGAUUCUAUCAAACUGAAUGUAACUAAUGACUCUGUGAUAGAGGCUUUACCCAUCAAAGGUGAUAAUCCGAUAAAUAUGGAGGACACUGUAGACGUCCAGAAUAUUACCGAAUUAAAUUCCACUGUAAAUGCAGACGAGAUAUUCUGUGAAAAACCGAUACGUAGUAGUACGCAAGCGAUAGAAAACGUGGCGGAACAAGAUACUUUAUCAGUAACGGACUCCAUAUUUGAAAGUUUAUCCUCAACACAAAACGUUCAAAACCAAGAGUCUCCCAAUAAUGUAGAACUUGAUCCUGAAUUUUUGGAUUCCACACAUUCGAUCUAUCCAACACUAUCAUCAUGCAUGGAACCUAUUGACACUAUCAUAGAACGAUUGACUUAUCCUCUUUGGAAGAAUAAUCUAAUUACAUACUUUUCGAAUAGAAAUAUGCAUACAAUUGGUGAUUUUGCUCGGUUAUCAGAACGCGAAGUUGACAGAAUACCUGUGAAAGGUAAACCAAAAACUGAAUUUGUGAAGAAAGUAUUGGAGAAGUUUGAAAGUAUGUAUAAGCUGCAAAUAGAACCUUCCAAUAAUAAAUCAAAUGAAGUGGAGCAAUUGCCUAAUAAGGCGAUGGACAAAGAGCCAACUGUACUAAUCGCUGCGGUAUCUGAUGGUGAAACAGGAUCUGCGAUAAUUAACAAUGACUCCUUAAUUUGUAGUACGCUACUUCAGCCCACCGAGGAUAUCUUGGAUAAUCUAUCAAGAGAGGAUUCUACAGAAGAUUCGGAUAAAACGGAGUCGAUCACUAGUGAUAUGGAUAUUUCACUGGAAUCUGUGGUUCCAGAUAAUCCUGAUUUGUCAGUCUUAGAUACUUUUAAGAAGGAUGAACAAACAAACGCAAAGAUACCCAUUAAUGCUGAAAUUUCAAAGCUUGAAACGUUUAUAGGUAAUACCGAAUCUGUGCUCAUUCCUUCAUCAUCCACUGAAAGCAUUGGAAUUACGAGUCAAGUAGCAUCAUCUUCAAAUGUUAGCUUGGACACACCAAAAGAUUCUACCGUAUCUUCAAGUGCAGUUAACGAACUUUUAAUCACACAUUCUUCCAUUGGUACCAGUACCGACGAAGUCGGUUCCACUACGUCGACUAUUCAAAAAUCUACGAAAUCUGUUGCAUCUCAAAUGACGCUUGCAGAAUUGCUGGACGAAAUCGACUUAAAUCAGGUGAUGAAAAGUGCAGUUAGAAGAUGCAGUCCCGAAGCAAUUCUUCUGCAAUAUAAGGUGAAGAUGGCACAUUUAAAGGAGGGAGAACUGUUGAAGGAAACGCUCAAAAUACUCGGCUUGCAGAAUAAACAACAAGUCAAUGAAGCAUCGUUAAAAGCAGCCUGUCGUGCGUGUGGCGUUAAUAAAGUCCUUCUUAAAUUGCCUGAUAUUUUUAGUCAUGACGAACAAUUUUUUGAUAAAGUGCUUAAGGUAUAUAACAAGAAGCUUAAUCUAGCCGAGGGUCUGAACAAUUUAGACUUUGAUCAAUUAAAAAGCGCAAUUUAUCAAAAAUGCAAGUCGUUCCAAAUUAUUGAAAUACUGUUGGAGAAGCUGAAGCAGGAGGAACAAGAAGGUAUCAAGCGAUCCAUGCCAGAAUCGAGUUUGAAUGCUAUGUUACAAAGUUUGCCGAUGGACGUGAUCAUUAGUCAUACUGUAGCGAAUGAAGAACUUAUUCCUGCGUCAGUAGUUCUCGACAUUGCUUUACAGAACAACAGCUCAGAAAAUAUAGCGAAAGCGCUAAAACAAUCUCCCGUUAUGACUAAACACGUUCUAGACGAACUGUGGACAUCCCAAUUCACAAUCUCGCAUAUCGAAAAUGAUGACUUACCCAAAGAAAGUCUACUCAAUAUUUUUAAGAGCAUAUGCUCUAAAUUAACUGCGCAAGAAUUGCUAAAUACGUACCAUGAGGCUAUGGCGAAUAAGCUUACCGAACUGAAGAAUACAAAGGAUCUUAGAGAUGAGAAAGAAUAA